ACCAAGACUUCAACACUUCGGUGGACAAAGCGUUCGGGGAAUCCGUGAAUCUGUUACGCGCUCGGGAGGAUAGCGUGUCAGAAAAAGUUUCGUCCAAGAUUUCUAGAAGAAACCAUUGACCAUGGCCUUGACGUUGGGGAUGGAUAUCCCCUACUACGCCACGGUGCUGGGCUCCUUGGCGGCGUUUCUUCUGACGUACAGACUACUCAGCCCUUGGAUCCUGCACAGACUGUUCCCGUCCUACUACACCGCGCAACCAGAUAGUGCCAAACCUCAGCUGCACGAAGCAACAAUGGCAGCAUGCUCCUCAAUAGUGGUGGGCAUCUGGGCAUGUUCAGUCUACUUUUUGAACGACAAUGUCAAAGGUAACCUCAUAAGGUACGAUGCCCCCAGUGUCCGAUACAACUGUGCAAUCUUCUUGGGUUACGCCAUGGCAGAUUCCUCAUUGAUGGCGAUUUACCCUCAGACGGGCGGCUUGCUGUACCACAUACACCACGCCGUCUCUCUCUUCGUCGGAUAUGUCGGGGUUUUCUACAGUUGUUUUCCCUACCAUACAAACAUAGGCAUGAUGAUGGAGCUAUCCAGCCCAUUUUUGAACCUCAGGUGUAUCCUCAAUGACCUUAAAUACCCCACAAAAUCUAUGUCCUACUUCUGGAACGGGGCCGCCUUUUUACUCUCCUUCUUCUUGGUCCGCGUCGUGUCCAUGGGCGGGUACUGGUACAACAUGAGCCUCGCUGCCAGGGAGGACGACUUCUACCAACUACAGAUCCCCGUCUACAUUUGCUACCUCGGCGGUGGGGUCGUCUUUUCUUUACUGAACGCCUACUGGUUCUCGCUGCUGUGCAAGGAGGCGUACAGGGUAUUAAUUGAGAAGAAAGCCGACUGAUAGAAUAAUCACAGUAUAUCUACUCUCAAAGCAAAGGUUAGGCUCCGGCUGUUUUGACGCUUUUUAGACGUUUUUAUUGGGCGUUCUGUUUUUUAACGGUUUUCUUGAUGUCUAGGCCGGCAGUCGUCAAGAAAGCCUCAUAAAAACGUCAAAAACAGCCGGAGCCUAACCUUUGCUUGGAGAGUAGGGUAUAUCGUCUUCACCGAAGCCAUUUGGUAGAAUCAUUCCAUACCUAGCGUAAGUCGUCUCCAGGCAGACGUAGGGACUGCUUUAUUUUCGCCUGUUUUUACAGUGUCUUACUGCAAAGAGAUUUUCCUCUACCCCAUGUAGACGUAACAUCUGCUCGGAGAUAAGCUAUACGGGCAGUCAUAGGUGCGUUUGCUGAGUGCCGAUUUGCUGUUGCCUUAAAUAAGAUUCAGCUUUGUUCUGCAGUUGAUUGCGCAGACUCAAGCUGAACAGUUUGAUAGGAUCUCAGGCUAGAUUUGAUGAUGUGCCUUUUGAAUCUUGUUUUUGUGGAGAGCCGUACACAGAAAGCGGUUGUUCGUAGCAAACAUUGCAUCCAAUCUUCCAGCUUUGCCAAUAGUGCUUCCUCUUUAGAGCUAUUUACCAGAAGAUGAAGGAAAAACAAAAAAAUGUACGCAUAUUGAGAACGACUAAAAGAUAAUAUUUUGAUCAAUUUUACAUAGUGUUUCGUGGAUAUGUUGUGGUUAUUUUACUGCUUUUUCGAUCAGUUCAUGUCACACUAAAAUCCUCUGUGAGUACAGAAAGGCAGCACCCCUACCUCAUUUUGAAAAACUAUUUUGCUGCUAUAUGUCGUCUGCCAUAAUACGUAAUCUCUCAUGCCAAAGCGCACAUUUUGCCAAAUACAUGUACCAAUGCACAGACGAUCUAUGUUAUGGAUCACACGACUUAACCACAUACCCAGUUUUCGUAGCCUGGUCAUUCAGGUAUUAUAGCUCCCGUCUCUUCUGUCCUUUAGGCUAUGAUACGGCUGGAUACCAAGCUACAGUUUUGAUAUGCAUAGAGUUCGAAGUCCUUACAUGCUAUGCACAACUAUUUAUAUGCGUUCAUAUUAAUUGCCAAAUGAUUGAUUGAAAUUAUGUGUUGCAUAUCUGCACGCUGUCAUUAUAUUAUUAGUUGUGACAAUUAUUUCUCUUCCAUUCGAUUUUGAAGGGAAGUAAAAAAUGCAAACAAUGCAAAUGAUCAUUUAAGACGUCAUGAACAUGUUUUUAUUCCAAAUAUGAAAUCAAAUUUUUACCAACAAUUAUUCUACCCAGCAAAAUAGUAAUGGUGAUGUAAGUUCUUCCAUAAUCACAGUUGACAUAUAAAUGUCCUUAAUUAGUUACAUUUACUGUAAGAAUGUAUGUUCAUCCGUGUACACUUUGUCACCUUAGAACAGCUAGCUCCGUGGAUGGAAGAAAUACAAACGGUGUGAUUGUCAUGACAACAAUGAACUUACAAUAAAUCAUUUUAUGAAACCA